AUGGGGAACGAUUUCUCUGCAAAUGAGGAUAAAAACGAGAUUUACACUGUUCGAAUUUUCCUGAAUAUUUUCGCACUCGAGACAAGUACGAGAAUAAUCGGAACUGGACGGACGAAUCAUUCUUACUUUCAUACCGUUCGGUAUGAUUUAAGAAAACUUCUCCCGGCGCUUGAGUCAUCAGCCGCGUUCGUCGCCGUGGAGACGGCGAGGUCCCAUGCACCCUCACGCUGCCGCUUCGUCCAUCGCCGCCCUGCUCUUCGUCUCAACGUGAAAAAAAAAUUAUGGAUUCGUACAGAUUGGCCACCACCGAUGUCGAACCUUCGCGAAACACUCGGUGCCGUCGAUGCGUUUCUGUUCAAGGACGAGGCGAUGACACCGAUUUUCUGCAAACCGAAGCUGCUCCCGCUGAAGACAGUCAGUGUCCAGAAGCUGGACGCUAUGCGGAAAGAGGCUAAAUCUCGUGCCAGGACUGAGGAGGUGAGGUGCUUCUUCUGUUCCAAGCUUCGGGAAUUGGCUUUCACGUUGAAGUGUCGAGAAAGCUCAAAGCAAAAAGCUCAGAGCUGGUUUCUGGAUCGCCAGAGCAUUUGA